AUGACAGGAAAAUGUAGCUGUAAAAUAGAUUUGAAGGAAGUAAAUGUAGAAAAAAUAAAAAAUAAAAAUAAUGAAAAGGAAAAGGAAGAAAAAGGUAUAAUAAAAUGUUAUAAAUGUGAAAAUAUAGCAAUAAUUAACUCAAGAGUAAAUACAUGUAAAGAAUGCUUUAUAAACCUAGUUUCAAAAAAUUUUAGAGGAAAUUUGAGAACAAAAUGCUUAAAUAAAGUGGAAAAGAGAAGAUUCUUAGCAAUAUUGGCAUCAGGAGAUUAUGUGUCGACAAGUUUAAUACACAUGGUACUGAGUAGAAAUAAUGAUAGACAUUACAAGGAAGAGGUGGAAGAAUAUGAGGAAAAUCAUAGGGGAAAAGGAGUAAAUAUGAGGAAAAUAACAGAUUCAGAUGAUAUUAAGUUGAGAUUAAUAGUAAAUAUAGAAGAAGCAGUGAGCGAAGAGGACUUUAGAAGAGAAUCGAAUGAAUACUUUGAAACAGUGGAAUCAGUAUUCUUGAAGUUUAGCGGAGAAUGUGGACUUGAAAAAGGAAGAGAAAGUACCAGUAUAAUGGAGAGUAAGAUAAGUGAUGUGACAAUAGCUAGCGUAAAAGGGUGUAACUUUUUACACACGAAAAGACAGUGCAAAGAAGACAAUGAUAGUGAAGUAGAAAAGAAGAUGCCCAAUAGAUGUAACGAAGAAUGUGCUGAGUUUAUGGAAAGGUGUAAGAAAGUGUACGAAGAAGACAGUGACUUGGGAACACACGUAAGGAGAUUAGUAAAGUUGAUAAAUCUAAAGGCAUAUAUACAGCAGUACGUAAGAAACAAUGGAAUAAAUAGUAGUAAAAUAAACGAUAGUGGAAUGGCUAGUGGUGUGAAUGGACCGGAUUCCAGGGAUAAAACAAAUGUUAACAGCAACAUUGAUAUAAAUAGCACGAGUGAUGGAAUUGCAGAGGAAGGAAGUGGCAUAUACCUGUUGAGCGGAGAUACGAUGGAUGACAUAUGCAGGCAAACAGUGUACCUGACGUGUUUGGGCCUGGGAGAACAAGUGAGUUAUAGAAGCGCAUUCGUGGACACGGAGUCACUGGAAGGAGUUAAGAUACUGAGGCCACUGAAGACGUUUUCAGACAAGGAAGUCGCAUUCUACCACAGAAUAAACAAACUGAGUCAGGUAGAAAAAAUGUACACAAGUCCUAAAUCGAGAGCAAGUAUCUUGGGGUGUAUCAACCUAUUCACGGAAGAGAUAAGCACACGAAGCUCGACCGGACUACACAACAUAAUCAAAGUCACAAACAGAUUAAUAAGCACACCCAGGAAACAAAGAUGUACAGUAUGCGAAACACACGAAGAGGAGGAUAGUGGCAAGAACAAUGGAAAUAAAGAAUAUGUGUGUAACGGCUGUAAUUAUUUUAAAGAGGUCCAUAGUGAGUCGUAUGGAUUUUUCAAGAAUAAGUUCAUUGAGGCACGUACACACGAGUCAAAGUGCCAGAACCAAUAA